UUGCCAGUUGGAUCUUAUGAGAAGUUACCCGAAAUAUUAAAAAAAGUAACCUUUUUGUGUAAAAAGUAACCUUUUGACUACUACUACUCUUGCUUUUUGCGUUCCACAGCAUGGCUAAACCACCAUUUCAGCCUCUGGGAUGUAUUAUUGGAAAUAGAUAGGCUACUCUAACUUUUUUCGGAACGCUUGUGAUAGCGCCAUCUACUGACUAGCUACGGUAUUUUUAGUAUAGUAUCCAUUAUGUUAUAAAAAUAAUAAUGCAUAUUUUUUGUAAAUGUGAGAUUUUUGAUUUUGUAAUAGUUGAAGAAACCAAUUGAGAAAAACAAAAAAAAAAGACAAAAAGUUUUCCAUUGUCCGGGCUCGAACUCAGGAUUAUUAGAUCGUACCUUUGUUAUACACCACUAGGCCAAAUGACUAUAUGGAACAUUGUUGAAAUUAAUGUACGGUUACUGUCUAUCUGUAAUAAUCCCUUUGCUUUAGAAAUACAAACACAUUCUUCCUUUUAUUAUCCUGAAAUCUUAAAUCUAGAAUGUAGAUGGCGCUGCUUCAUAAAGAUUUCACGUUCUUCUAAGUUCCCAUGGCAUGAUCCAUACGAAAUAGGCGGGAAGCAGGUACUAUUUGUAACACUUUGUACUGAACUUUCGGCUUCUUGGACUUUUAUUUACGAGGUAUCGCACGCCACGCCUAAAUUGCCUAUAAAAAACUCUUUGUCUUUGAGCGUGUCGCUUGACAUGAGUCAUGACGCUUAGGGCAUAAUUUCAGCGGCAAAAUUUGUAUGCAACUUGCAACUUUGUUGUAAGCUAAUAGUUGAAUUGAGACUAUUUUAUUUUAAUUUGAUGUGAUUUUGAUCGACUUUCACACAAGUUUCGAAGUGUAAACUAACUAAAAAAUAGUAGUAAAAUGUUCUACAACGUUGAUUGUCUGAAAAAAGGUGGCAGAUUCUAUUUGUGUUGGUUGGCAGAUUCAUGGCCACUACGUUUUGAACAAUUAACUCAACGAAGUAAUCGCCUGCUGUUUCAAGAUAUUCGCAAAACAUGUGAUGAGUUGAUGGAAUUUAUGUCGAGCGAGUCAGGUCGUCCAACAAAAAGAUUCUCCCUACGCCUCAGCUCUCAACUCAUGAGAGGCCUUGCACGUCUGUACAGAAAAAAAACUGAUCUUUUUGUCCGUGAUGUUUGGAAGAUUAACUACAGUUUUAUAAAUAGACAUAAGUCUCCAGAGGAGUCAAGGGAGGAAGAUGAGGACGAACGUCCAUUGGUUCAAAGAAGAAGGUCAGUCACAGUGCGAGAUCAGCGGAGACGACUGAUCUUCGAAGAAGUGCCUGAAGAAGAACACAAUGUGGAACAACGGAUUAGAACAGCAAACAACACCGUCGCUCGUGAAGAAGAUAUUACACUGCGAGAGCCUAUCCCGCCUGAGAUACAGAUGAUACAGGAUGGAUUUGGAGAAAUGAACCUCAACCCUGUCGAGGUGAUGUUGGCUAUAGAUGACGCACCGAUGCAGACAAGCGUCCUCGUCCAGCCUCAAGACCAGUCUGCCGACAAAUCCAGGGUCAACAUUCACGAGACUUUGCAAAUGGAGAGGAUAUCCGAACUCGAUUUAACAUUGUUCAGGAAGUCCGCAGGUGAACCGUCUACGCUUAUGGAUAUUGAAAGAGAGAGAGAGAUCCUUGAAAUAUCCGAAAUUCCGCAACCCGUUCCACCCGUUCCUGCUCCAGAAACGCAAAUGGAAGUGCGAUUAGAAGAACCGCGUGAGGAGCCUCGUCAGCAGCAAGUGACAACUGAACAAAAGAAACCUGAAGAGUUCGUGCUAGAGGAUGUAGAAGAGAUUCCGCCGCCCAAACGACGCAGAAUAAACAGAAAACUUAAAAUAGACAAAAAUAUUAAAAUAUGUAGCGCCUUGUUCCGAGAACGAAUUCAAGAUAAAAAUGUAGAACUACGUGCUGAGUUUGGCAGCACAGAAGCGAGUCUCCUGGUUCCGCCCGCGCUACUGCUGACGCGGCCUGCGGCGCUGGGCGGCAGGAUCAGUCACUUGGGCAGCAAGAUCAGCAGCGCCUUGCUGGCACAGUUUGCUGACCGCAUUGCUGACGCGGACAGGCCGCCUGCUGACAGAGACGUUGAGAUGCCGCUAAUCCAACGAGAUACCGAACCAGUGCCGGCACCAGUUGAACCACAGAUACAAGAAGUCACUGAAAGAACCAUACCAGAGCCGGAACUACCUGUUCUCGCCUUGCAAGAUAUCUCUAACAUAGACAUUAGCGCGCGGAACAUGCAUGACGUCACUGCACAGCAGGCAGAACUAGCGGAGUUGCUCACACAGAAAGUGAUGACUGUGUCUCAGGAGAAGCGGGCGAGCGAACUUGAGAAAGAGACAACAAGACAACAGCGACGUCAAGCCUCCUUGGAAGCAGCAAUUGCUGAAGCCAAUAAAGAAAACAUUCCUGGAGGAGGCAACGUAUCUGCCAUGGAAAACAUGCUCGAUGUUCCUCGUAUAGAGCUCCCCGAAGUAACUGAACAGCCAACUGAGACUGCGAUCAGGUCGAUGCUUCAUGAGACCGGCUUGGAUGAUGAGCAGCGGAGACCAGCUCCAGUGCUGGUGGCGCCUGAAGCUGCUCAGCGGCGGCAGGCUAGCGAGGGAUCCGAGACACCGCUGGGCAGCUUGGACAGAACCAAGGUGUCGCUCGGCUGUGAGGAACCGACGAAUGCACAGUUAUUCAUUAACAAGGAGUGGGGCACGCAGGGCACGAUGAUCAAGAUCUUCCGCUGCGUAGCGGUGCGGCGCGGGCCCAUCACGGUGCACAGCUUGGUGGAGCGCGGGCCCGUGCUGGAGGGGCACACCCGCGUCAUCGCCGCGCGCUGCUUCGCCUCCAUACUCAAACUGAAAUCCCAUGGAUUUAUCAACGUCGAUAAGGAUGAAAAUUGUGACAUAAAAGAUAUUGAGUUUGGACCCAGAUUACGGCGUCGGUUUAUCCCAUAUGUUCUGUAGUUUAAUUGAUAUUUUCUGUAUUACUCUAGAAUUAGGUAUCUCGAGAGCCUGCGAUAGUCAGACAUACCUCAGUGCAGGAAGGUAGAAACUUUGCCAGCCCGUGCUGCUACCAUAGGUAUGGGUCAAUAGACUCGUAUCAAAUGACAUGACCAGCUUCUGUAUGGCGUUCGGCCUAAUACCCAAAAGUUAUAUAUUCCACAAACUUCAGAUAUUUUUAUAACAUGUAUAAAAGACGGCAAAGACGUACCGCCAAGCGAUUUAGCGUUCCGGUACUAUGUUGUGUAGAAACCAAAAGGGUGGUGAAUUUCAACCUUCUUCUAACAAGUAAGCCCGCUUCUAUCUUAGAUCGCAUCAUCACUUACCAUCAGGUGAGAUUGCAAUCAGGGACUAACUUGUAGAGAAUAAAAAAAAUAAUAUAAACAAUGUUAAUUUCGUUUAGUCAAAAACGCUGUCGUCCAUUCUGUGACGUCACGAUAUUACCUAAAGUAACAAACGAUAAACUAAGGCAUGUCCAAUUUAUAGCUUCUCUCAGUCAUAACCUUAUUCUCUAUUUCUCUUUUUUUUAAUAUUUUACAAUGUUAUACAUAAAAUAUACAAAACACUAUUAAAAAUCGCAGUAAAUUCUGAAAAUUAUAGUGCAAAUAAUAAAAAAAUAACUGAGUUAGAUUAAUAACAUAUUUAUAGGUAGUAAGGUAAUAAUUAUAAACCAAAAAUAAUUUAAAUAAAUUAUUAAAACGCACGUAAAUAAAUAAAUUAUUAAACGUUUUCUUGAGGCCCCUUACGUCCCUUACGACACCAAAAAUUAGUAAAAUAUAAUCCACUAUCCCUCUUAAUCCGAUGCUUCCCGGGAAAUUCUCUUUUUCCCCUAGUUAAGCGUUCGCCCAAAAGGUGGAAACAUUCUACGAAUACAUAACUUAAGAGCGCGCAGCGCGUCGGUACGAUGUGGAUAAAAUUCGAAGCGCAAACGAGACGCCGAAUUAUGACUUUCACGUGAGUGAAAAGCACUGAGCGAUUGACGCGCGACGCAAAUUUUAUGACGUGAGCGCCAAAACCAUUUUUACCUAAUUGCAAGUAAAUUAAACAACAUAACGAAAAACAAAAUGGCCAUGUUCAAGAUAUAUACCUAAUUUUCUAAAGAAAAUUUUAAGAAAAUAAGUUUGCUUUUCCUGAGAUUGAAAGCAAAAUGUGAGCAAAACAUGUAUUUUUCAAAAAAGUAAACUAUCGAGAAAAGUUUUACAAAUUGUGUAUUUUGUAUAGUCAUAACGAAGCUAACACUUUGAAAUAUCAUUUACCCAAAUAUCAGGAACCAUUUGUAACCAGUAAAUUACAUAUUGCACACUCUUAAGUCACUGUCAUAUUUAUUUCAAACGGGCAUUUUUGUUACUUGAAAAAUCUUUACCCUUCAUUUGGCCCCGCAACUAAUGUUGAUACUGAGCCCCUCCAAGGCAUGCUACGCUGCUGUUCCCUACCAUAUCCCUUAAAUGAGGUAGAUCUGGCUAUCGCAGGUCCAUGACGAUGACCGUCAUUAAGUUACUUUCAAUUUUGACUUGCUUACUACUUUUAAAUUACUUAUUAAAAAUUUUGAAUUUUAUGAAUGUUAUGAUAUGUUUUGUUAAUCUAAAUACUAUUAAUGUUUGUCAUAAAAUGCAAUAAAACUCAUAACUUUGUUUAUUACAUUACUACAUUUGUAUUUAAAUGUUCAAUUAUAGCAAUUUCUGUUUACUUUUUGACUCACGACAUCUAAUUUGACCGACCUACCCUUAAGUCUUAUAUGCCUACUUUAGUAUUUUAGUCGAGUACGAACAAUUUUUGGAUUUACCGCCCAAAAAUCGUUCGUACUCGACUAAAAUACUAAAGUAGUCCUUUUUAAACCAAAAAACGGGUUUUAUGUAACAACACCAUCUCUAAGAAACCGAGAAUUUUCUCGUAAGGGUUAUUCCAUUGUCCAAAAAUCCAACAAUCGAUCGAAAAACCCGAUCGAUUUAGUCAAUCGGUCAAGGAUUUGGUAAAUUAAAGUUUUCGUAUUAACUAGCGACGCCUCUGAUUUUUUACUUUUAUGAGAAAUGAUAAUUAAUAUUUUAUUUCAAUGAAACACCCUUCAAGAUUUAUUUAUUUAAGUUGAACUUUAGUUAUUUAACUUAAAGAUUGUUGAUUGAUCUUUUUAUAUAGAUGAGAUUAUUUUUAUAUAGUGUGUCCAACAAAUCUAUGCCUUAGGCCUGAAAGUCUGCAGCGCACUUAGGGAUGUGGACAGUGAAAAAAUAUGGAAAUAUGGUUAGUUUCGUUUUUUUUUACUGCAAGACAAGUCUUAUAGGCCGUACAGACUACUUUAGUGGUUUAGUCGAGUACGAACAAUUUUAGGAUUUACCGACUCCAAUACUAACGCAGUCCGAACUAGGCCUAAGCGCCCUACAGACUUGAUAGUAAACUUCAUAGUGUGUGGCUGGCUUUAGAAACUUUACCACGUAAGGGUUAUUCCAUUGAUUGUAACAAUCGAUCGAAUAACCCGAUUGAUGUAGUUAAACAAGGACUACACCAAUCGAUUCACUAGGAUUGUUAAAUGGAGUGUUCGUAACGACCGAACAAAGUGUUUGUUUUUGUACUUUUAUAAUAAUAAUUAAUAACAUUUUAUUUAAACGAAACUCUCAACCUAUAAGGGUUAGACAUUUAAGUGAAAGCUUGUUGAUUAAUAUUUUUUAUAGAUAAUAGUAUCUAGAAGUAUCUAGACUUAUAGGUUAUUUUUAUACAGUAUACCUAUCCUGUAAUAAUGCUAUGCCUUACGCCAGCCACACACGGUCAAUUCUGCAGUAUGCUCGUGGCUCAGUGAAAAAUAUAUCGAAAUAUGAUUAAUGUUUCGAUUUUUCAUAGCCCAUAUAAGCUCAUUUCGAAGUGGACGGUAAACUUGAGAUUUAUUUUACAUUGUUACUUGAUCGUUAAUGGCUGGCGUUAGGCGGCUAUUCUACUUGACUACCGUCAUUUUGUAGUUUAGCGGAUAGUAGGUAGUAAAUAUAAAGUAUAAGGUCAAUGAUACAUUCUUCUUUAUCACAUACGCGAAUUUAAUUGUUAUAAUUAUUUGUUUUUUAGGAAUUUUAUUUUUACAACAAAAGUACAUAGGGUACUUUUAUUGACUUGCGUCAAAGACAAGCGUCUUAUACAGACUAUAGGCACACAAUUAAUGUGUAAAGAUGUAAUGUGUAUAUAAUUGCAUUUUAGUCUUUAGAUGUGAUUUUAAUAAAAAUGUAUUUUUGUAUA